AAAGUAACGCAAGCCAUGGCAAAGCUCUGCAGCAGCUCCAACCUUUUAACUUUUACCAUUGUUUUCGCCAUUUUGGCGCGUCUUGGGAACGCCAACGGUUUUACCCACCACGAGACGCUGGACGAGGCUGGAAAGUACAACCUGUUCUGGAAGUUUGAUGAGGAGAAGAUCGAGUUCGAAGCGCAGGUGCAGACGACAGGAUGGGUCGGGUUGGGUCUGUCCCCGAACGGAGGCAUGCCGGGGUCCGAUAUCGUCAUUGGCUGGGUCAAGGACGGGAAGGCGCACCUGACGGACAGGUAUGCAGAGGCGAACGCGCAGCCCGCUGUGGACGAGAGUCAAGACUGGGAGCUGGUGUCUGGGAACGAGAACGGAACCCACACAGUCCUGAGGUUCAACAGGAAACUCACGACCUGCGACAGCAAGGACCGCGUCAUCAACAAGGAUACAAUGCGCGUGAUAUGGGCGUGGCAUGACGAGGAUCCCGAGGAAGCUUCUGGCGGUGCCGGCCCCGGGUACCACUCCUCCAACCGGGGAGCCAGGAGCUCCAUCCUCAUCACCCAGGCCGUCCCGGAGACCAGCCUCCCGGACAAUACUUACACCUUCAAUCUCACCAUGAGAAAUGUAUCCAUCCCCAGCAAUUUGCAUACGGUGUACUGGUGCAGGCUCUUCAAACUGCCUACUUUGGACAGAAAACACCACAUUGUCAAGAUGGAGCCGGUGAUCACGUCAGGGAAUGAUGGACUAGUUCACCACCUUCUGGCUUACAAGUGCAAGAGGAACCCUGACACCAUCGUACCAGAAGAUCACCAGGGACAUAACUGUUAUACACCCAACAUGCCGAUGGACUGGCGAGAAUGUUAUGAAGGGUCUCUCAUUGCCGCAUGGGCCAUCGGAUCAGGGGAUAUCACGUACCCAGAGCACUUGGGUUACCCUAUCGGGGACGAUGACGACAGCGGGUACGUGCUGAUUGAAAUGCACUACGAUAACCCGCAGGUGCUACCAGGCUUGUACGACAGCUCGGGACUACGGUUCAUCUACACACCAGAGCUGAGGGACAAUGACAUAGGCAUCAUGGAGGUGGGCAUGAGAGUGGGGAAACAUCAUGUCAUCCCACCUGGUCAAGACAGCUUCAUAACAUCGGCUUUCUGUGAUCCACGUUGUCUCAGCCAGUACAUUGAAGACCUCGGACAACCUAUCAAGAUAUUCGCCAACGUCCUUCACUCCCAUCUUCUGGGUGUUCAACUCAGCCUGAGGCUGAUCCGUGAUGGUGUGGAGACGGACAUCUCGCGAGAUGACAACUACGACUUCAACCUGCAGUUCGUCAGGACCCUGGGAGAGGAGGUUACCAUCUACCCGGGAGACACUCUGGUGAUGGAAUGCAACUAUCGUACCGCUCACAAAGACAACGUUGUUUAUGGCGGUCUCGGCACUCCUGAAGAGAUGUGUAUGGACUUCCUGUUUUACUACCCGAAAUUCAACCUACACAACUGCGACAGCUCGCCGCAACUCAGCAGAACUCUCAGCUUCGUCGGUGUGGAAGAUUAUAACCUUGACCCUUUCCAGGUCCUGGCGCCGCCAAGUAUGGUGAACAAGUCCUAUGAAGAAGUGAUGGAGGGUUUCCAAUGGACAGAUGAAAGGGCACAGCAAUUCUCCUCACACCUCAUGGAUGGAAACUUCACCACCUACUGUUUCGGCAAGGGCAACAGCUCAACACUGCCGUCGACAGGAGAGAUGCCCUUCCCCCGCGGGACAAGGGCACCUCCCCCGGACCCCUGCAGCCGGACUGCCUCCAGCGCUUGCCGCCCGGCGCUCGCUGCACUUCACGUCUGGGCCGCUGCCUUCAUGGCGCUGUCGUGUAAAGUUUUGCACAGCUAUUACAUACAGAUUCUUGAUUGAGAGACUUACAGACACAUGCUAUUUACUUCUUUUGAGUGGCAUUUAUAGCAAUAUACAGGAGAGUACAAAAAAGUAGUGUCCAUUCAUCAAACGCUUUAUAAAACACUGCACUGAUGUACACGUUGAUUAUGGGAAAACAAUGUAGACAUCUUGCAAGUUGUACACAUAUUUGAUAGCACACCGAUAGCAGUAUAAAAUGAGAGCAAACUAUGACAAUGUCAACGAUUCUGUCAAUUAGACGCUUUCGAGUUCAUACUUUCAUUAGUCUCCACAAGAAACAAGAAUUUGACUUAAAUGAGACGUGUUUUGAAUAAAUGAUCUUUGGCUGUAAAUUUGGCCCACUCUA